CCCAUGCCUUUUCUCGCUCCAUUCAUCGGCAAUAGAAACAUUUAUAGUGUAUCCUUAGGCACAGCCAUUGGUUAGGGCUCUCGGCAUUUGAGCUGGAUGCAUGCUGUGUUUAAUGCAUAGCCACGCUGUUAAUAACCCUGAAGACCCAUCACUAGUUCAGUCAUGGCUAUUGCUCUUCCCUGGAAAAACUUACAUAUUGUUUUGCUUACUUUCCUGUAAAUCCUGGACUACUUUACUAUCGGACAAGCCAUGGCUACCAGUGCAGUGAGUGCCCAACAGCUCGCAGAAGCCAAAGCCAAAUUCAAGCAGGACGGAUGGGCCAUCGUCCCUGAUGUGAUCGAUGUCGAAAAAACAAAGGAGGUUGUUGAUCGCCUUUGGAAGGCAAAGGAAGAGAGUGAACGACGAGGCGAUCCAACCUACCUUGACUGGCUUGAUCCCAACUCCAGCAACGUCCGUAUAUUCUACCUGAUGGAACUGGAUCCUAUUUUCCGCGAGCUAAUCUCACACCCUGUCGCUGUGGAGAUGGUUCAAUUCGCAUUGGGCCAAAACUUCCUUGUCUCCAACUUCACAGCAAACAUUGCACUGCCCGGAUCCAAGUCUAUGGGCCUACACUCUGACCUCUCCCUGCAGUGCCCCGAUCCUUGGUUGUCGACUUGGGGCUUGAACGUGAUCUGGUGUUUGCAUGAUGUUUACUACAAAAACGGCGCCACUUUGUAUAUCCCCGGUAGCCAUCGUUGGAAGACUAAGGCGGAAGUGCCCUCAGAUGAGGAGGCAAGGAAGCUCCUAGUGCCAUUCGAGGCCAAGGCUGGGUCAAUCAUCGUGAUGGACGGGCGCCUCUGGCACACGUCCGGUUGCAAUAUAACUGAGGAUAAACAGCGGGCGCUUUUGUUCGGGGCCUACAAUGCCCCCUUCCUAAGGGGCCAGGUGAACUGGAGUGCUGGGCUGUCGGAGGAAACGAAGAAGACCUUGAGUCCUCAGCUCCGGGAAUGGCUAGGAGUUAAUCGGGACGGCAAUCUUGGGGUCGUGACAGGAGUCAAUGAUGUCUUUGCUGAGGGUGCUGCUCCUGCUGCCCAUGCGUGAUCAUACAUCUUCCGUUCCGCGUAGUUAUUGUAUUUAUGAAGUUGGAUAACUGGGAUUGAUAUUCUUAUCCUACCAUUGCCACUUUCAGGUCGUAGCGGGAACGCUUGUUCCUGGCCUAUUUUUGUG